AUGACUGAGAAGAAGGACUAUAAACCGGAUCUUGCAAACGAUGCCGUUAUGAAGGCAUCGGUGCCAGUUCCAGAUGAUUUUGUGGAGGUUCAUGGUAUCGACUACUCUAAACCAGAGAGUCGUAAUGCCAGAGCCAAGGAUAUCGUUAAGGGUAUGAAGACUAUGGGUUUCCAAGCCUCGAACUUGGCUACUGCCUGUGAAAUCAUUGAUGAGAUGAGACACUGGAAAGGUAAGCACAAGUCGGAGAUUCCAGAAGCCGAGAGAAAGGGACAAUUCGACGACGAUGGAUACCAGAGAACCACUAUUUUUAUGGGUUAUACGUCUAACUUGAUCUCCGCUGGUCUAAGAGAUACCUUGAGAUUCCUUGUUCAGCACAAGAUGGUUUCUGCAAUUGUGUCAUCUGCUGGUGGUAUUGAAGAAGAUAUUAUCAAGUGUUUGGCCCCAACCUAUAUGGGAGCAUUUGCUCUACCAGGUAAGGGAUUGAGAGAGAAGGGUCUUAACAGAAUUGGUAACAUGAUUAUUCCUAACGAAAAUUACUGUAAGUUCGAGGAUUGGAUGAACCCAGUUUUGGAUAAGAUGCUUGAUGAACAGGAGGAGUUUGCUAAGAAGAGAGGUGCAGAGGCUCUUGAUGCCGAUGCUCCAUUCUGGACUCCAUCCAAGUUUAUCGAUAGAUUAGGUGCUGAGAUUAAAGAUGAAACUUCUGUCUUAUACUGGGCACAUAAGAACCAGAUUCCUAUCUUCUGUCCAUCUCUUACUGAUGGUUCCAUUGGAGAUAUGCUUUUCUUCCAUACUUUCAGAGCUUCUCCAAAGCAAAUCAGACUAGAUAUUGUCGCCGACAUUAGAAGGAUGAACACUCUUUCUUUGGAUGCUACCAGAGCUGGUAUGAUCAUUCUUGGUGGUGGUCUCAUCAAGCAUCACAUCUGUAACGCUUGUUUGAUGAGAAACGGUGCUGAUUGGGCCGUUUACAUUAACACUGGUCAGGAGUUCGAUGGUUCUGAUGCAGGUGCCAGACCUGACGAAGCUGUCUCUUGGGGUAAGAUUAAGGCAGAGGCUCACAUGAUUAAAUUGUAUGCCGAUGUCACUACUGUCUUCCCAUUGAUCGUGGCUGCUACUUUCGCUAGCGAGUAA